UGCAUAUCGGGAAGACGGAGGGCUGGGGCGGCCUGCGGCGGCGGUGACGGUAGCCAUGGUGGGCGGCGAGGCGGCCGCCGCGGUGGAGAAGCUGGUUUCCGGGGUGCGGCAGGCCGCGGACUUCGCCGAGCAGUUCCGCUCCUACUCGGAGAGCGAGAAGCAAUGGAAAGCACGCAUGGAAUUCAUCCUGCGCCACCUGCCCGACUACCGCGACCCUCCCGACGGCGGCGGCCGCCUGGACCAGCUGCUGUCCCUCUCCAUGGUCUGGGCCAACCACCUCUUCCUGGGUUGCAGUUACAAUAAAGACCUUCUAGACAAAGUGAUGGAGAUGGCUGAUGGGAUUGAAGUGGAAGAUCUGCCACAGUUCACCAGCAGAAGUGAAUUAAUGAAAAAGUAUCAAAGCUAAGGCUGGUGGACCACAUACCCUCCAAUGGUGACGGGCUUAGAAAGGAGGCUGGGACAAAGGUGACUUACCAACAUGGAGGCGACUGGAAUGGAAAGGAAUCUGGCGACGUGGGCCUUGCAGGAGUCUUCAUUCCUCCAGUACCUGUCACCGUAAAAACACGCACAAAUAUUCCUGUAUUUAUAGAUCAUGAAGUCUAAGAUAAUUUCUUCAGCAUCAUCCAAGCCAAACUUUGUUUGAAAUGCCUUUUAUGUUGAUGAAGUAAUGGCAGGGGGUGAAUUUUAUCUUUUGGAUUUUUCAACAAAGUACCUUUAAGUGUGAUUCUGAUUUCUGCCCCCACCCCUCCCCCUACCACUUUUUGUCUUGCUAAGGCAAGCCAGAUCCUUUAUUUCCUUAUCUCUACCUGAAAUGAUUCCAUAUUAACUAGCUAGCUCAUUGGUGGGAGAUGAUCUGGCUUUGUUCAACCAGCUGAUUUCUAGACUCUCCAGGUCUCCCAGGCUGCUGAGGAAAACCCACAUUUGCUUUGUUUCUAGAGGGCAUCUGAGCUAGGGUCUUUCAGACUGGAAGACCUGCCCUGUACAUCACCUCUAGAAACACUUGUAGUGCAAUCCUGUUUCUCUGAGAUGGUAUUGAUAUUCCCACACACACACAGCUAAUGUGUCUGUUCUGACCCCCUUUCUGCUCCUUCUGUGUAGUCUCACCAUUGGGUAAAUACCUGAACUCUGGGCAGCAGUGGAACAGUCCAGUGCAGCAGGACCAUUAGUGCAGGCCCAAUAGGGAGUAAAACAGUGGAGCCUGCCUUAGUGUAUCUGCUGAGUACAGGAGACAAGCCACCAGAAGCUGGGACAGGACAGUGGGAGGUAUUCCUGCUUGUGCUUGGGAUGAAGACCACACCUUUGUGCAACUUCUAGCUCCAAUCCCCAGUGGCCAGGAGGAUAGACCAAGUCAGGGUCUCCAGUUAGUAACUGUGGACUAGCUCCUUCUUGGAGACUAUGUAGAUGGCCUGACAGGCUCUGGCGAGGCAGCGGAUUACAAAGCCGAGCCCCGAAUCACUGACUUAGCCUUGGCUUUCCCUUGAGUGCAGCCUAGCUUUCUUCAAAUUGCAAAUUUGUGAGGCUUAAAAAUGAAAACUUGUGAUUAUUUGCUUUUAAAUGCACUUUCCAUAGAUUUCUCAUGGAUUUUAUUUUCUGAACUCCAAUAAAACAGCUUUUCCAUUGUGUAAAAUAAGUUUAAAGUGUGUGAUUCCCCCUGAAUUCCUUCCGUUUGUUUCCAUAUAGGUAAGUGGACAGCUGGACGGUGGAGCUGGCUUGCAGCCAUGGUGUCUGUAGCCAGGCCGUGGACAGUCCUGCCCCUCACCUCCCUCCAGGCUUUUCUUUCUUGCUUCUUUUGUUUUUUUGGCUGAUGAUCAAACUCAUGCUGGGGAAGUGCCCUGUCACUGAG